AUGGGUCUCUUCAAGAACAAGACGAUUGGUGGCCCUCACACUGUACCACAGGAGGAACACGAAGGCGGGGUCGACUCGAUGAGCAAGGCCGAGGCAGUGACUGCUGUCAGGGAAGAAUCGGUCGACAAAGACGCAGCCUCGAAAGCAGAAGGUGACACCGACGCUGCUUCUCGAGUAGCCGAAGACGAGUCCAAAUAUCCCACUGGUCCAAAGCUCUGGCUGCUCGUCUUGGGUCUCUGCCUUGCGAUUUGGGUAGUCGCGUUGGACAACUCGAUCAUCGCAACAGCCAUCCCCAAAAUCACGACCGAAUGGCCCGAUGCACUCAAUGAUGUAGGGUGGAUUGGAUCUUCCUACCUGCUUACAACCACAUCGCUCCAACCGUCCUUUGGCAAGGUCUACACGUAUUUUGAUGUCAAAUGGACCUACCUUUCGGCUCUGAUCAUCUUCGAAGUCGGCUCAGUCAUCUGUGCCGCAGCCAGUAGCUCGACGAUGCUUAUCGUGGGAAGAGCGAUCGCAGGCGUGGGGGCCGCAGCUUUGUUCUCCGGAGGCAUGACUAUAAUCGGGUUCAUCGCUCCUCUGCGGAAGCGUGCAAUCUAUAUUGCAUCGCUGUCCAGUAUGUUUGGAAUCGCCAGUAUAGUUGGACCUCUGCUCGGCGGAGUCUUCACAGAUCAUGCGACAUGGCGAUGGUGCUUCUGGAUCAACCUUCCAUUCGGCGGUAUAGGCUUGGUCGCUGUCUUCUUCUUCUUUGAGAAUCCCGAGAGAAGACACACCAACAUGACCACCAAGGAAAAGCUCAAACAGAUCGAUCUCCUGGGCGCCUUCCUUCUGAUCUGUGCCAUCGUCUGUCUUCUCCUUGCUCUACAAUGGGGAGGCACCACCUACCCAUGGAGCAACAGCAAGGUUUGGGGUUGUCUUCUUGGUUUCGGACUCUUGAUCAGCAUUUUCAUCGCCCUCCAAAUCAAGCUGGGAGACCGAGCUACUCUGCCUCCUCGUAUCUUGGUCAAAAACCGUACGGUCUUGGUCUCCGCACUAUACUCGACUUUCUUUGCCAUGGGGCUGUACACCCAUAUCUUCUAUCUGCCGUUCUACUUUCAAGCAGUAAAAAACACUUCUGCAGAAGGUUCUGGAAUCAGAUGCAUUGCAUACCUCUGCUCUAACACGAUUGCCUCUAUCAUAGUUGGAGGUACCAUCACUGUCAUCGGCGUGUAUGCGCCCUUCAUGUGGUUUGGAGCCGCCGUCUUCACCGUGGGUGCCGGUAUGCUGUAUACCCUCGAGGUCGCUUCUCCUGCCGCCAAAUGGAUCGGCUAUCAACUACUCGCUGGAAUUGGAUCCGGCUCUGCAAUCCAGAUUCCAUUCAUCGCUGUACAAGUCGUUCUGGAGGAAAAGGACAUGCCGUCAGGCAACGCCAUUGCGAUCUUCUUCAACAGCCUGGGAGGUGCCAUUUCUAUCUCGAUUGCACAGAACAUCUUUGCCAAUACGCUGGUCAAGGAUAUCAUCAAAGACGCCCCUGGAGUAAAUCCCGCUGCUGUAAUAUCCGCUGGUGCCACACACGUCAGGGACGUGGUGUCGGCGGCUCAGUUACCAGGGGUAUUGACUGCAUACAGCAAUGCUGUGACAACUGCCUUCAUCGUGCCCAUCGUCACUAGUGGGCUGGCGUUUGUUGUCAGUCUGUUCAUCGAGUGGAAGAGCAUCAAAGGCAAGAAUAUCAUGGGAGGUGGAGCUGCUUAG